GAGCAGACAAGCUAGAAGGAUUAUGUGGACAUGUCAGUGGGCGAAAGCAGCUGCUUUCGAAUAAUUCAUUCGUGAUUUAUGUACUCAGGCUUCUUUACAAUGGAAGGCUGACAACUUCAAGGGAACUCGGUGUAAAUUAGUGUAAUCGCAUGUAUUAAAAACUGAGCGACAAUGAUGUCAGAAUGCGACCCGACAGGGACAGAGACCAGCGAGCCAGUGUCGCUUACUGGAGCAACAGCGGAGUCUGUGCUGGAGUCUAACUUUCACUCCGCGGACCCUCUAAAUGUAUUAUUUGACAGGAAACAGAUAGGUUUGGGGCUUGCGGCCAACCCUGGAGCCGCUGUUCGUAUUUCGGACUCUUGUGAAAGCGUCUUGACCGAGCUGGAGACGGAUGGCUCCGGGGAAGAGGCGCUGUUGUUACCGUGCUUAGCAGGAGGUUCGUCGUCUCCGCGGGGUGUACGAGAGAAGCGGAGCAGGCGGAACAGACAUAGCUCAUCGUCGGAUAAAGACACCUUGGCCUCCCCAGGUACCAACAGUGGGGACUUCAACCAUUUCCCUGAAGAUCCUGAGUUUGCAGAUAUUAUCCAAAGGGCGGAGCAAGCCAUCGAGAAUGGCGUCUUUCCAGAGAGGAUUUCACAGGGAUCCAGUGGGAGCUAUUUUGUCAAAGACCCAAAAGGGAAAAUCAUUGGUGUUUUCAAACCAAAGUCAGAGGAACCGUACGGUCACCUGAACCCCAAAUGGACCAAAUAUUUUCACAAGCUGUGCUGUCCGUGUUGUUUUGGCCGAGGCUGCUUGUUGCCUAACCAGGGCUACCUCUCAGAGGCUGCUGCCUCAUUGGUUGAUACGAAGCUCGGCCUGGGAGUGGUGCCAAAAACCAAGGUGGUGUAUCUGGCCAGUGAGACAUUCCAUUACAGCGCCAUCGACAGAGCAAAAUCCAGGGGGAAGAAGUAUGCACUGGAGAAAGUCCCCAAGGUGGGACGACGCUUCCACAGAGUGGGACUGCCACCCAAGGUGGGCUCGUUUCAGCUGUUUGUGGAGGGUUACCGUGAAGCGGACUACUGGCUGCGGCGCUUUGAGGCAGAGCCGCUGCCAGAGAACAUCAGGAAGCAGCUGCAGUCACAGUUUGAGCGGCUGGUGGUGUUAGACUACGUUAUCAGAAACACAGAUCGAGGGAACGACAACUGGUUGAUCAAGUAUGAGAAGCCAGGAGAAGGAGGAGGAGAAGGAGAUGGACAAAAGGACUCAGAGUGGCCAGAGAACUGUCCAGAAUCCUGCAUCAAGAUCGCAGCAAUUGACAACGGCUUGGCCUUCCCCUUUAAACACCCGGACGAAUGGAGAGCCUACCCAUUCCACUGGGCGUGGCUCCCCCAGGCGAAGGUGGCCUUCUCCCAGGAGACCAGAGACCUGGUGCUAUCCCGCCUCUCUGACAUGAACUUUGUCCAGGACCUCUGUGAGGACCUCUACGAGAUGUUCAAGACGGAUAAAGGCUUUGACAAAACCAUGUUUGAGAGACAGAUGUCUGUUAUGAGGGGACAGGUUUUGAAUCUGACGCAGGCGUUAAAAGACGGGAAGAGUCCCAUCCAGCUAGUGCAGAUGCCCCGGGUGGUGGUGGAGCGCAGCCGAUCAGGCGGCCAGGGACGCGUGGUCACACUGGGUAACGCCUUCACACAAACCUUCCACUGCAAGCGCCCAUUUUUCUCCUCUUGGUAAUCAGAAAGGGAUGAGGAGUAGGGCUGAGGAGAGAAUCUGCAACAGCUGUUUUUGUCCUGAAGCCAGUUCUGAAACGAGGAAGGAUGAAAUGAGAGAGAGGAUGAGACUGUCACACUGGAAACUGCUCAUAUUAGUCCUUGCACAGAAGGAAAGACAUGAUGAUAGAAAGUGAGAUGAAGAAUGUUUAGUGAAGGACUUGGGCCUGGGCCCAUUCCUCAGUUUUUUGAAGAGAACACAGAGAAACAUUGGAAAUGGAGAGAUUGGCAUACCAGUGUCUCUUAGAGACCUUGGGGAUCUUUGUGGUUACCAUGGUGACUAGAUUGGAUAAUCGCCUUUUCCACAGAGGUAGGCUUUGUUUAUUGUUAGAAAGGGAAAGAGGAAGACGCUUUUUACCCACCCAAAGUACCUACUGAAGUCUCUUGCAAGGUCUCUUAGUGGGGCUAACGGCCAAAGAACAAGCACUUACAAACUGCACGCUCACAGAUCUGUGGUCCAGUAGUGUUUGGGAAUCCGGUUUCCACAGAUCUCUCCAGAAAGUGAAUUUUUCUCCAGUACGACGUUGCUCCUGGUCUGGGAUAUUAAGUCCAAAAACAUUUGCUUUUGCCUUGUAGGAUUACUUAUCGAAGUAUAGAUGUGCACUUGCACUGCGGGAAGUGUUUGACUAGUUCCACACAUCUGGAUCGAACCGCUCUUACACAGUGUUAGUUUUCAAAUCCACAUCUGCUGAACAAACCUAGUGUCUUCAACUCUGAGUACUGCCAAAAUCUGUCUGUGGAAGGAACUUUGAAAAGCCUCAAUAAGAGAAUACCGUUGAAACUUGAAAAUAAAGUUUGGAGGAUGGGGAGGACUAGGAAUAAACACAUUGCUUGAAUGUAAUCAGUUUACUAUUUCUACACAAGAUUCUUGCUCCUAAACAUUUCAGUUCGAGUGAAUGCUGUCAAAAAAUAGACUUUUCUCGUAACAAUGAAUGUAUUUGUUGUUUGACAUGUAUUUAAUCGCUGGCGAGCAGAUUUCUCUCGAACCUCGUGGCAUGGGGGAUGAGGUCUCGUCCCGCCCCUUUAUUAUACAUUAUGUGAAGAGGAAAAACAAAAACCGAGGACAAUAUCUCACACUUGCUUGACGCCGUUGUGUUUUCUUAUGUAUGCAUCUUGAAAUUUUUAUUCCAACUCAAUGAUUGUAUGAGAAAAGUUGUAUAUUUAACAGAUGAAAAAUAAAAUUUUGGAAAU